UCCGUCUCCAGACUCUGCAGAACAAAGCAAAGCUUGCAAGCUUAAUUUGGUGCAUCUCAAGUACCUUACCAUUUUCCAUACUUAAGAGAGCGUUUCACCAGAGACAGUAGACGAAAGAAUGGGAGUGCCCAUUUUUGUGAAAUCCCUCAUCUUCUUGAGCUUUCUGCAGGUGUGUCUCGGAAGCAGGAGGCUUACUGCUUUGGUGCAGCAAACUCCACCUGCUCUCACUUACCACAGCGGUGCCCUUCUCCAGGGCAACCUCCAAAUCAACAUCGUCUGGUAUGGCCAAUUCACGGCAGCUCAGAAAUCUAUCGUUGGUGAUUUUCUCAGUUCUCUCAACCAGAGGGGCCAAGAGAAGAGCCCGUCCGUGUCCUCUUGGUGGAAUCUCAUAGAAGGGUACAUGGCCAAGGCGCACAGAGCAGGCACUGCUACGGUGGUGCUGGGAAAGCAGGUGCUGGAUGAAAAGUGCUCGCUGGGGAAGUCGCUCAAGAGGACCCAAAUCAGCGGCCUGGCCGCCAAAGCUGCCGCUGCCAAUGGCAUUACUCUGGUUCUCACGGCCAAGGAUGUUGCGGUGGAGGGCUUCUGCAUGAGCAGCUGCGGCCUCCACGGCUCCGCUCCCAUGGGAGGCAUGAAGCAGAGAUUUGCCUACAUCUGGGUGGGCAACUCCGAGACCCAAUGCCCAGGCCAGUGCGCUUGGCCAUUCCACCAGCCUCUCUAUGGGCCUCAGACCCCGGCGUUGGUGGCACCAAACGGCGAUGUGGGUGUGGAUGGUAUGAUCAUCAACAUUGCUAGCAUGUUGGCUGGGACGGUGACCAACCCUUAUGGAAAUGGCUUCUUCCAAGGCCCUGCUACUGCUCCUCUGGAAGCUGCAUCAGCCUGCCCGGGGAUAUACGGAAAGAAUGCAUACCCAGGGUACGCAGGGGACCUGCUGGUGGAUUCAAGCACCGGCGCAAGCUAUAACGCGAAUGGGGUCAAUGGGCGUCGGUAUCUGUUGCCUGCUCUGUGGAACCCGACUACCUCUGGUUGCUCUACACUUGUUUCCUUGGCUCGAUAGGUAAUAUUAAUAAAGUUAAAAAGCAAGAAAGUUGAUAGUAUUACCUAUAUAAAGUUUUCACUUACAUGUAUCAGGAGCAGCUGCUAGACUUCUUCUUCAUCCCUCGUUCUGUAUUUUUAUGCUGCAGCAGCUUGAGGUUUUCUUUGUAAGCAGUGAGUGAAUAUAUUAAUUGGCAUUUAGUUCCA